CUCGAAACCCUCCACUGAUCAGCAUGGAGGCUCUCGCCGACGAGCUUGAUCAGCUUCGGCUGAGCUACAGUGCAGGCGGGGCGAAGGCUCUGAAUUGGGUAGAUUCUAUAGCAAGCGAACAGCGCCCGCCCAAGCGACAACGGAAGACGAAAGACGACAUCAAAAAGGAGCUGGAACAUGAAUUCCUGACGCCCUCGAAAUCAUUCAAUACCCAGUGGCUGAACCAACUGCAGCAGCGAUGGGAUGCACCUACCAACUAUCGCGGCCUCUUUGAAAUCGCACCAACUCAAACACGCACGAUCAUUCGUUUUACGCGAGAAGGGCUCGAAGGGCGCGUCACGGGAUAUAAAGAGGUUACGGUCCCAGCGAACUCUGCGACAGCAAAGAACUCGACCUCUUUGUUGAGGAAGCCUGCUAACCGAGCCGAAUUUGUGCGCGGUGCUGCUGGUUUCUUUCCAUUUGCUCCUGGUGGCCUUGACGGCGUGGAGGCGAUCGCAGCUAUCGAAGAUGAUGCGAUUAUGCGCCAGGAGUCGGCGAAUUCGAGGAAGUCUGGCGGUCUUGACCGAGUAAUCAACUUCAGCGCAGAGGGGGGUUUGCUGGAAAUCCCUCCGGGCUUUACACGUGGCCUCGAUUUUCAAAUGAAGCCUACUACGGACACAAAGACAGCUAAGGAGGUUGAGGACACCCUUGGUGAAGAGCCGGCAGAGGCAAAGGACGAGUCUGCCGCGGAUGAAGACGCCCUCGACGGCGUUGCUGAAACUAACGGAGUCCUUGCGCCUGAAGAUGAGGGCCAAACACGGGGCGAAGAGGAGAUAGACUCUCUUUUGCCUGUCGAAUUUCCAGCUUUGGCUCCUCACGGUGCGCUCGUGAUGGCCGCCUCUAGGAAAGGCGGAAAGGAGUGGGCGCACAUGGUCGACGUCAACCGAGAGAUACCUAACUUCCGCGAACUGGUACCCGAAAUGGCCCGCGAAUAUCCUUUCGAGCUCGACACUUUCCAGAAAGAGGCAGUCUAUCACCUUGAGCAUGGCGACUCUGUGUUUGUCGCUGCCCAUACCUCUGCUGGUAAGACAGUAGUGGCUGAAUACGCCAUAGCUCUGGCAGCAAAACAUAUGACCAAGGCCAUAUAUACCUCUCCCAUCAAGGCCCUCAGCAACCAGAAGUUCCGCGACUUCAGGUUAACCUUCGAUGAUGUCGGCAUUCUUACCGGGGAUGUCCAAAUUCGCCCCGAAGCCAGUUGCCUGAUCAUGACAACUGAGAUUCUACGGAGUAUGCUGUAUCGAGGAGCGGAUCUGAUAAGGGAUGUCGAGUUUGUGAUAUUUGACGAAGUACACUACGUCAACGACCUUGAACGAGGUGUGGUAUGGGAGGAGGUCAUCAUCAUGCUUCCAGAGCACGUCACUCUCAUCCUUCUAUCGGCUACCGUUCCGAAUACCUACGAGUUCGCCUCGUGGGUUGGCAGAACGAAGAAGAAAAAUAUCUACGUCAUCUCGACACCCAUGCGUCCCGUACCUCUAGAGCACUAUCUGUGGGCCAAUAAGGGCAUGUAUAAGAUUGUCACCGCGGACAAGAAGUUCUUGGAGAGUGGUUGGAAAGAGGCGAACGAUAUUUUGUCUGGCAAAGAUAAAGUCAAGGCAACCCCUGCCAACGACACCCAAAGCGGAAGAGGUGGAGGCGGCCGAGGAGGUCCCGGAAGAGGAGGCCAGAACCAGCGUGGGAGAGGCCAACAACCGGGUCAGCGCGGAGGAGCUCAACGCGGUGGUGGACCGCCAGCCCAGAGAGGUCGGGGCAAUAUUGCUAGGACAGGACGAGGCGGAGGCAGAACGACAGCUGCGCAGGACCGGAACAUCUGGGUCCACCUCGUACAGCAUUUGCGCAACAAGGAUCUGCUCCCGGCCUGCAUUUUCGUGUUUUCCAAGAAACGCUGCGAAGAGAACGCGGAUGCACUGUCAAACCUUGACUACUGCACCGCUGCUGAGAAGAGUGCGAUUCAUAUGACGAUCGAGAAGUCGCUCGCUAGACUGAGUCCAGAGGACAGGGGCCUCCCUCAGAUUACCCGUCUUAGAGAACUACUGAGCCGAGGAAUUGCUGUACAUCAUGGAGGGAUGCUACCAAUCGUUAAAGAAAUGGUCGAGAUACUGUUUGCGAGGACACUAGUAAAGGUGCUCUUUGCCACCGAGACUUUCGCCAUGGGCCUCAAUCUACCGACAAGGACGGUGGUGUUCUCUGGUUUCCGCAAGCAUGAUGGGCGCCAAUUCCGAGAUCUGCUCCCUGGAGAGUACACACAGAUGGCUGGACGAGCCGGACGUAGAGGCUUGGACUCUGUGGGCACCGUCAUCAUUUGCGCUCCGGGAGCAGAUGAAGCCCCACCCGUUGCACGACUCAGACAAAUGAUGCUAGGCGAUCCAACCAAGCUCAGGUCGCAAUUCCGACUCACAUACAAUAUGAUCCUCAACCUGCUACGUGUGGAGGCUUUGAAGAUCGAAGAGAUGAUUAAGCGCAGCUUCAGUGAGAAUGCUACUCAAGCAUUGCUUCCAGAACACGAGAAGAAGGUCAAGCUUUCAGAAGCAGAUCUCGAAAAGGUAAAGCGAGAGCCGUGCGAGAUCUGCGACAUUGAUCUGGAGGGUUGCCAUCAGGCCUGCAUGGAUUACCAACGGUUGACGAACGAGUUGCACCUGGCCCUGCUCAUCAAUCCGGUCGGGAGACGAAUACUUGGACCAAAUCGCCUUGUAGUAUAUAAGAAGAAUGAUAUUCGCACCGUUGGGAUGCUUCUCCGUGAAGGCACUAGCAAGGGCAACGAGCCAACAGUCCAAGUUCUGGAGAUCGCAUCGAACGAGCAACGCAAGGCUGACGACCUUCUGCCGUACCUUUCUCCAUUCGCAAAGUGCUUCAGACCCUUGCCGAAGAAUCCGAAAGACUUGAUCCUCAAGCGCGUCCUCAUCCCUCUCAAUGACAUCGAGUGCUUUACGCGAACCACCAUUGACAUCCCAGAAGGCGUCGACAACUUAAACAAGAGGAAGGAUGCUAUCAAGCUCGCACAGGAUCAGUUCCUACCUCUAUGCAAAUCUUGGGAUUACCAGGACUGGGACGAAUACGACUACGGCAGGAUCAAGAAUCUGAACUUCCGAGAGAUAGACGACGCCAGACGGAAACUUGGGCAGCAAGCUACAAACAAGGAAUGCUUUAAGUGCCCUAAUUUCUUGAAGCAUUUUGCUAUGGAACAUGACGAAUGGCUCAUCAAGGAGAAUAUUCUCCAACUUCGACAGCUCAUGUCGGACCAGAACCUUCAGCUGCUGCCUGAUUACGAACAGCGCAUAUCAGUGCUGAAAGAUCUCGGGUUCAUUGACGAGGACUCCCGGGUGGAGCUGAAGGGCAAGGUCGCAUGCGAGAUCCAUUCCGCCGAUGAGCUGGUUCUCACAGAGCUGAUCCUGGAAAAUGUAUUAGCAGAGUACGAGCCCGAAGAGAUUGUUGCACUGCUUUCGUCCUUCGUUUUCCAGGAGAAGACCGAUGUGGAGCCCACCUUGACGGCAAGCCUGGAACGCGGUGUGGCGAAGAUCGUCGAGAUAUCGGAGAAGGUCAAUCACCUCCAAACGCUCCAUCAGGUUAUUCUGUCGUCGGAUGACUCCAACGACUUUGUUAGCAAGCCCCGUUUCGGCAUGGUGGAGGUGGUGUACGAGUGGGCACGUGGCAUGUCGUUCAACCGCAUUACCGACCUGACGGACGUCAUGGAAGGCACCAUCGUCCGCGUCAUCACGAGGUUGGACGAGACAUGCAGAGAGGUCAAGAACGCGGCUAGGAUUAUCGGCGACCCGACAUUGUUCCAGAAGAUGGGGACUUGCCAGGAGCUGAUUAAACGGGACAUUUGCAACUGCGCGAGCUUGUACCUGUAAGACGUUUCAUGUCAGCAUAGCGAAGCCAUGUUUCGGGUUUCAUGGAGCGGCCUAUAUUUGGCGGGUUAUAGGAUUCAUGAGGCUGCGUCGCACAUGGUCCAAACGGCCGUGAAUGGGCGGAUUAUUGCAGGAGACGGCGUGGUCGGCACGAGGCCGUUGUACGGCAUGAUGCGGUAGUCUAGUCAUGUACACUUAUGGGGACUAUGGGAAUGCGACUAUGGCAGGGGUGUCAAGAUGUCAAAUCAACUGUCCGACAUGGAGUCAAUCUUUGCCGUUUCCCG